GGGAUGUACACAAUAUUCAUCAAAUAUUCAAUACAAUUAACUAGUAAGAGAUAAAGACUGGUAGAUGAGCAAUGACUUCAUGAUCUUCCGAGCACUCGACGUCAGCUUUGCUUGCUAUUGCUAUGCUUCAAGUCACACUUCAAGGAAAUGUGACAUUUUCAAGAAUCAAAAGUAAUGAUCCAGCCCUAUAUUAUCGAACAAUUGUAGGGUACGUUCCUCACCUAAUACUUGAAGUCUCACCCUCGCUUAACCAGCUUUCAUUUGAUUGUAACAAAUCGUCUCAGCAAGAUAUAAAAAAACUCCUUCCUGCUUGCCUAUCCAUGUUUGACCAAAUGCAGCGAGAAUGGCAUAUUCAUAUUACAAAACGUGGCGGUUGUCUUGCGAUUUGGGUUGUCGAUUCGGCACUGAAGGACGUAAUCACCUCAUAUUCUCAAUCGUUAAUUUAUACCAGUCGUAUAUUACGUAAAGCCAUAUGGAAACACCGUUUAAAUUAUAUGUGUGGUCCAAGUUCACCAAGUUGCGUUUCUUCUAUAUAUAUGAUGAUUCCUUGUCUUAAGUUUUAUUUAAGAUGAGUCGGCUCGAACGGAAAGUGAAGAGGGACUGUGAUACUUAACGAGAUAAACCGCAUCACAACUUAUUUUGAGAUGACUUGUUUUCUGACGCAAGCGAAUGACACAAAUAUUGCGAUAGAGCGCGUAAGGUAUGACUUUCAGAGUUAUCGCAGCUUAGACAGCAUGGCGAUGAUGCGAAAUUUCAAUCACAGAAGAGCUGACUUUGUCAACCACGGUUGGGUACUUAAUCACACAUGCUUUUUAGAGCAUUUAGAUUUCUGAGCCCCCUAAUGUGCACGUUUAAGAAAACUACUGAAUGCCUCCGUA